AUGACGGCCUGCUUGAGACCCUUACCUCCAAGAGGGGAAGACGAUAAGAGGGUUGAAAUGAGUGAGCUUGCUGAAGUUGACGAGCUGUGCAACCAAACGACUGCGCAAGAGAAGCGUGAUGCGCGUGCAAAAGAGAGGAGAGAACGCGACCGGCUACAGGCUGAGCAGGUCAAGGAAGUUGCCGAGCGCAAAGCAGAGAAAGAACGUCAAAGGCUAGCUCGCGACUAUUAA